CUUAUAACACCGUUUUUGGUGCUUGCCGUUGGCGUUGACGCUGCUUUUUUAUUGUUACACGAAUGGUUCACGUCUGCCGAACUGGAUCCUUCAUCUCGUCUGAAUUCGGUGCUAGUCGAGAUUGGUCCAUCUGUAACGCUCACUUCCUUCACUAAUAUAUGUGCUUUUAUGGUGGGUAGUUUUCUCUCACCUUAUGCAAUUCGCGAAUUUUGCUACUGUUCCGCACUGGCGCUUACUCUGGACUGGAUUUUUCAAUUUUUGGUAUUUUCUCCCAUACUGCUCAAGUUUCACUUCUGCUCCUUCAACGUACCAGAAAAAAGCAACGAAAUGAUUAUUUUGCUCUCAUUUCUUGUUUCAUACUGGACCUAUAGUUUUUACUUCGUCUUCCGAAUGAACGAAAACUUCACACCGCAAAAAACAAUUCAAUCGAGCUCUUUCUUGACGCAUUCUUUGCCUGCACUUGAAGAAGUAAGUAGUUUAAAUCCAUUUUCUUUUCAUGCGUUUUUUGCAACUGUGUAG